AUGACAAAAGAAUGUUUUGCUUUACUGGAAAACAAGCUAAGCCCUCACUUACAUAAGAAGGACACUUUUAUGAAAAGAUCCAUCACACCCCGUGAACGAUUGGCUGUAUGUUUACGAUUUUUGGCCACUGGUGACUCACAUAUGACAAUAUCAUUUAGCUACCGUUUAGGUCAUAGCACAGUUAAUAAAAUUGUCAAAGAGACAUGCAAAAUUAUUGUUGACCAAUUAAUGAGUGAGGUAUUACCCGAGAUGACUACGGAAAUGUGGAAAGCGGUUGCUGAAGACUUCUGGCUACUGUGGAAUUUCCCAAACUGCUUAGGAGCACUAGACGGUAAACAUGUAGUGAUUGAAGCGCCACCGAACAGCGGAUCUUUAUUUUUUAAUUAUAAGUCAACAUUUUCUAUUGUUUUGUUGGCUCUAGUAGAUGCAAAAUGCAAUUUUAUUUACAUAAAUGAAGUGGCAGUGGGCCGGCCAUAUAGCUCGAAGAACCGACAACCGAUGGGGAAGAAAGGUUCUCGAGUGGCAGCCCCGUACCGGUAG